AUGAAGUUCGAGCUUAGCAUCUCUCUCCUGACCGCCGCCGCUUCCGUCGCGGCCGCUCCUACGGGAAGCUCUACCUUCAAGGUCAAGGCAGUGGCAGCUGGCAGCGCCAUCGACUCCAAGACCUUCAACGCCGCCCAAAAUAACAUCUACCUUGCCCUCGCCGGCCAAAAUGCCGUCUGCCAGAACGGGUCCCAGGAUGAUGCCACGUUCUACAUCCGCGAUGGCCAGCUCUUCCUUUACGCCACCAAGGCUGCUCCUCAGCAGCUUUAUGCCGACCGCAGCGGCAUGGGCCAAGGCAAACUGGGCUACAUCCGCCCCGGCCAGAACCCCCCUAAGAAUGCCGAGCUCACUGGCUGGUCUGUUGAUGAAUCCGGCAACCUCAACCUGAGUGGCGCCGGUUUCAUCGCUUGCCCUGGCACCGACGCCUGGAGUGUCUGGGUCAACGCAGGUGUCAGCCAGCCUGCAGGCAACAGCGGAUGUGUUCCUGUUGUCGCCGAGGUUGUGGAUGACGGCCACCCUCUGAGCUGCUACUACUCCGAGUCGUCUUAG